GACUACAGAUCUACUUCAGGGAAACGUGAGUCACAACAAUGGCUUGCUUUGCAAAUGCAUAGGCUGUAUAUGCUUCCUUUAGUGGUGAACGCUUCAUUUUGGAGAGACUAUUGCGUACAUGCGCAUCAGCUAUCCGCGAGUGUGCCGCCUAUGCCAGCGCUGAGAAGAGAAUGAAGUCCGUGCGCGGGCAUGGCAACAAGCAUAGAUGAAGAUGAGACAGUCAUAGCAGAGGCUAGGAUGUCGAUCACAGCGGUAGAGCGUGCCACUCCGAGCAAAACAUGAUCGAGCGAUGACGGAAUAGGAAUUCGGUCUUUUAAUCCCAUUCACCAGCCGUUCUGUUUUGUUGUUGAUAAUAAUACCAAAAAUGCGUCCCGGGCUGAAUCAACAAGCCAAUGGACUAAGUCUCUCCGACACCGUGGAUCCGUUCAAGAGGAGCAAGAGGAACUCCAUCAUUGUGACAGCAUUGCUGUUCAUUGUGUCCAUCCUUAUACUCGCCAUUGGGCUGGCCGCAACCACCAGGACUAAGAACAUCACUGUGGGAGGGUACUACCCUGGGGUCAUUCUCGGUUUUGGUUCUUUUCUCGGCAUCAUAGGAGCCCACUUGGUUGAAAACAAAAGACAGAUGUUGGUGGCCUCUAUUGUGUUCAUAAGCUGCGGGGUUGUAGCUGCAUUGUGCUGUGCCAUCGUGGAUGGCGUGUUUGCUGCCAGGCAUAUAGACCUCAGACCUUUCUAUGCUGGACGGUGCGAGUAUUACACAAGUUCGACAUCAUUUGACCGGGAUGUGAAUUGUCUAACAGCCUCACGUGUCUCCUGCAACCUGCGUGUAAAGAGCAACACCUGCUACUGCUGUGAACUCUACAACUGUGGCAACCGGGUUGAGCUGAUGGGAGGUUACCACGAAUAUACGGAUGUGCAAAGCUGCCAGGAUGUGGUACAUCUCUAUCACCUGCUGUGGUCAGCUACCAUCCUCAACGUAGUGGCCCUCUUCCUGGGCAUCAUCACUGCUGCUGAGCUGGGAGGCUUUAAGGAUAUGACUCCCACCUCAGCCUCUGACAGCUGCGAACCAGAACCCCUUCCUGUCCCUGCCCCCUGUGAACCCCCACCCCCGACUACUUCCUACAACUCCUACUUCAGUGGUGCCCCCUGCUUGCCACCGUACACUCCCUAUGACCCACAGGCCUGCAGCACCUUCCCAGACUCCUCGGGCCUGUCGGAUGACUCUGGAGCAAGCUACAUGUGGCCAGCUCAAGUCCCUCCACGCUACUCUCCCCCUUACUACCCCCCUGAUGAGAAGCCUCCUCCAUACUCCCCUUAAAUGGAACUCUGCUGGGGAGGGCCUGAUUCUCCCCUUGGUACCACUCUGCUCUCCCCUGGGAAGCCCAGGGUGAGAUGAGAGAAGGAGAGAGGAGGGGUGGCCAUCUCUCUCUGUCCCAGCCAUGACAUGAUUGUGAACCUCUUUUUGUCUCUGGCUGUCAAAAGGGCAUAGGGGGCUAAGGUUGUUUGUGGACCAUGACAAACACACUUCUGUUGUACAUACGUAUAGGCAAUGGGGCUGUCCCUGUUGGCAUGGGUUUACCAAAGCAGCACUGCCUAAUCUGCUCUGUGCUAAACAGUACUGGGGGGUCAUAGUUGGAGGCAGGGGAGAUAAUAAUCACAGUCAUAAUCUGUGAUGAUGUCUUUGUGUUGGGAUAAAGCAGGGGUGCCAAACUCAGUAUCUGCAGGUAUUUGUGGUUUCCUUUCAAUCAGCAUCCAAUUAAGGCCUUGUAAACAAGGAUUCUUUAGCCUAUCCACGACUUUAAAAAUCACAGGUGAAUCACUGGUGCUGAAACACAUCGAAAACCUGCAGACACUGGAGCCUUCCAGGACUGGAGUCUGAUACCUGUGCACUAAGGUGUCAUCAGAUUUGAUUUCCUGCAGUACUGAAUAAAAUCACGAACACAUCACAAAUUACACAAUCUAUCCGGUAAGCCAUACCGGAAUCUCCCAUCACCCUCUCAGUAGGGCCCAGACUGUUUACAGAUCUACAUUAAUGACUGAUCUGCUGGUCUGUACUGGAUCACAAGUCCAGCUGUGAAAUCCUCCAUGGAGACACUCAGUGAAACUUGCCUCUCAGUACCACUUCUUGCAUGUGACCUUAAUUUCCUGUUUGACUCUACCAAUUCCUUUUCACCACACUUAAUAACCUGACUAUACCACUACUGCUUAAGUUCUCUUUAUUACCACGGUUAAUAAAGUAGGGUUCAGACAGACAGUGACAUAUCUGUGCAGCUCCAUUUGCUUAUAUGGCUAGGUAGCUUCUGCUUUGGCACCAAUGCAUGGAUACACCAGUCUUACUUAACCCAUUGUUGCUAAUGCCCUUCACAAUUUAUCUGCCCAUUGGUCCCAAAUCGUAAAAGGUCCACCACUUCCUGUUACCACCGCCUCUUUUCAGAAUUAAUUCUGAAAGUGCCUCCUCUGUUGGUUCCACUGCCUUUUCAUAUACUGUAUAGUGUUGAAGAAAUCGGAAGCUGGAGUCAGUUAGAUCAUACUUGCAAAUCUUCCCACAUUUGCAAAAAUGUAAAUUAGAUCGGUUCUCUGUUUUACUUCAUACUUGGCAGCUAGAUACUAAUGACUGUAGUGAUGACAGCCCACAUUGUGCAAUGCUAUGAAAACUGAAAUAUGUAAAUCCUUCUUUGUAAAUUCAUUGGUCAGUGUCUCCAAAUGCAUAGUAUAGGACAUAUAUACAGACUCACAUAUUUAACAGAAUUCAGAUAUGUUAGGAAUUAAUUCCUUAUUUGUGUGAAAAAAGGUAUCAUUGGUAUCAAAGAUAUUCAUUCUAUGUGCAAUAUGCAUUGUUCUUUACUGUGAAUUGCAAGUAUCUGAAAGUGUGACAAACAAAAAUGAUAAGCCUGGUGGCCACCAUGGAAACAGGAAAGGAACAAUGCUGUAUAAGGAUCUAAAUUUGUAAUGCUAAGCACAGGUACCUUUCAUUCACUUUGAAGAAAGAAAUGGUUGUUUGAUAUGUCAGUACUCCAGUGCAACAAAGUCUGCAUCAAUGAGGAGGAACUCAUUUUGAGCACAGCGUAAUUGAUCUUGUCUUUUGUCUUGCACUAAAAUUCACUGUAUGGUCUUUGUGCUUGUUGAUACACAAUUAAACAAUGUCUUGUACAAUCCAAAAUAUCAAAAUCCUAAAACAUACAUAAUGUGCUAUAAAGAUAUAUUGCUUUCUGAAGCUGAAGCACGGAUACCCCUGUAUUUCUGAGUGACCACAAACAUUUCAACCUUCAGUGUUGAAAGAAAAGAAACAAGGUGAAAAUUCAGGAAUGUGAGGGCUCCAGAUGACAUCAGAGUUCAGUUGCCUUUGUGAUGGUCUUUUUCUUACUUCUUAGUGUGCUUUGGUAAUGUAGUUAUCUGUCUUCGAGUGGAUUUAUACAAGAAUCUGCCUUCUGACAGAAAUACAAUAUAUUAUUUAUGGUGUUAAAUACCAAUUUCUCCCUUUCCAAAUAUGUCUUCCUUGAAGUUAUAAUAAGAUACCUUUAAAGGAAAUUCUAGUGUGUAAAACCAAAUAUUGAACCCACUGCCACUAAACUACCUUUAGAUGCAGAAGUUAUUUUUCCCACAGUCACUGCUAUGAUAAUGAUGUGUACCUGCACUGUGCAAAAUACACCAGUGUCAACUGGAGUGAGAGAUGUCAGACAGAACUGGAAUGUAUUCUGCCUUACUCCAGUUCUGAGUGACAAUGCCAAAACAAAAAAGAAACAUUUGUAUUUGAAUCAAGUCUUAGAAGGAAAGCAAACUACAAUGAAGGAGUAAUUCAAGUGGCACUUUGGUUUUAAUAUUAUAUUGUAAGCACUCAACCAUGGCUGUGUUCUUCAUUGUUGACCUAUGUCAUUUUUUUUAAUAAUGCAUAGUGCUACCCUACAAUAAACUGACAGAAUACUUAUUUCA